AUGCUUAAUAUCUGUCUAUCUGAAUGGAGUUCAUAUCACAUCAAUUAUCAUAUCCACUUAGUACUUAUUGUAUGCUGUAUAAAUCAUCUGAUUGAAUCACGAACAAUUCGUUAUCAAAUUGAUGAAGAAUUGAAAAUCAAUACACCAAUUGGAAAUUUACUGAGUAAUAUACAAAGUGGAGUACAAAAUAUACGUUUUAUAAAAAUAUCUAGUACAGAUGACUCUUCAGCGUUAUUUUCUGUAGAUCAGUAUUCUGGUGAUAUAACAAUUGAUCAUAGAUUAGAUAGAGAACAUUUAUGCAGCCAGAGUGAUCGAAUAAACAAACCUGACACUUAUGAGAAUUUAGUCACUGAUUGGAAAUCGAAUGUGUUAACCACUCAAAGUACAAAAUGUGAAUUAUAUUUCAGCGUGAAUUGUUUAAAUGUAACACCGAUUAAAAAUCUUGGGAAUCAAAAUAAAGUAAAACGCCUGUAA